AUUUCACAAAAUGGUUUGGUCCUCUGAAAAUUGGGGCUUGAGAUAAUUUUUUUGCAUGGCAAUCUUUAUUGAUUUCAUCGCAAUUCUUUUUUUUCGCGAGGAAAAUAUUACACUGAUAAGGUGAUGUCAGACAUUAUAGACAUUGGUCCCCGAAAGCGGGGGCGACCCUCCAAGCUCUCAAAGCUAAAGGGAGUGGCACAGUUGGCACAGAUGGCACAGAUGAUGAAACGUCCCAUCCUGCCAAUAAUGGCCAAGCGCCGCCCUAUUCGGCAGGUUGGCCGGCCACGAACAAGACAUAUCGUGGAAGGUUACGAUGAGCCACGCACAAAGACAGCACUGAACAUUGGUCAGGAGUAUGAGCGAUGGCAAGAAUUGAUGGAAAGACAGGAGAUCGACAGUCAGGAAGCGAUGGCAAAAAUGCUUCUGGAUUCUUGGGAAUCCAAAGAAAUCAUUAAGGAACCGUCAGGAAUUCAGGUCUCUACUUCCACACUGAAGGAUUUCGAAACAUUACGAACCCGCCACAAGAAGUCUGCAGAUGAAAUGAUACGAUCCCUCGUUAAGGGGGACGGUGAGCAAGGAUCAACAGUGGUUGUGCUGUCUGACGAUGUAGCAAGAUCGUUUGACAUGCUGAAACAGGGCCUGAAGACAAAUGCUAUUAAUUGCAUGAAGCAUCUGCUGCAUGUUCGCGAAAAAUAUCAGACCCAGAAAGGCAAGGGGCUGGUGAAGCCUGAUAUGGCCAUGUCUGUCAAGGCUGCGGUGAGAGAGGAGAUUACAAGACUGGCAGCUGAGGGGAUGUUCUCUCCUUCCUCUGCUGCCAAGUGUGGCUGUAAACUCAGUGACAGAUGUGAAAAGGUGGAGAAGGUAGAGAAGGCUGAAUCUAACAAGAAUGGAGAUAAGAAUGUUUUUCCAUAUAUCAACAAUCUGGUGGCAGAGAAUUCCCCUGAGACAGUUAAGAAACGCCCUAGGAAAACGCUCCCUCAUAGAGUCAUCGUCAAGGUCAACGAUGGGGAGUCUGAAGAUUCUGACAAUGAUUUGAAGAUAUUGGAGCCAAACAGCAUGCAGACUGGUGCUCCCACAGACAGUCAAGAGAAUUCAUUGAUUAGCUACAACUACGUGAUAAAGCCACCAAUCUCUUCCCAGCAGAAUACGAGCCACUCCUCCUCAGGUCUAGCCGUGCAGACUUCUCCGCCACAGUUUCCAAACUUUGUUCAGCUUGUUGGAACCCCCCAGGUGCUCAUGCCGACAGGUUCCAACUCCUUGUUCUUACAGCCAGGCACCACACUCAUGUACACUUCGGGAAAUCCAAGCUCGCAUCCGCAGCAGACGAGAAAUAUUUCUACACCAACCCAAACUACAGCAGCGGUCAAUUCUCCUAUGGUUUAUAAGGUGCGUGGGGAAACUGUUGUUCCAAAUGAGAACGGACUGCUGAAGUGUCCGUUCUGUUCAUUUAUGGCUGGGAGCAUCGGUAGCCUGCGCACACAUUGUAGCCACCAUCCUGUCCCUGCCUUCAAGUGCGUUUUGUGCGAAAAAAGUUACCUUGAUGAAAAUAAACUAAAGGAACAUUUUGAAACACGACAUGAGCAUAGCGUUCACUUCCUGUGUCAAGUCUGCAGUAAGGAGUUCACGUCAAAAGGAGGUCUUAAGUACCAUCUGAAGUCGACGCAUGUGAAAGAUUUCAAGUACUUUUGCGAGGAAUGUUGCAAGGGGUUUAAUACGGAGAACAUGUACAUUAACCAUUGUCAGAAGCACGAUCGUCAGUACCAGUACAAAUGCAGCCACUGUUCACGGGAGUUCAACACUUGGACCACAUUUACCAAUCAUAGAAACAGCUGCAUGCAGACUGGUUCACUGUCUGAACAUGUGUGCAGCAUGUGUGGAGACGAGUUUCAAAAUGAGGCAGAGUUAAAUGAGCAUAUAGAUUACGAGCAUUGUGAUGUGUCACGAUUCAGGUGCAUAUGCAGUCAGGAGUUUCGUUUCAGAAAAGCGUUUGAAGAUCACAAGGCAUUCUGUGCGAAUUCGAUGCACAGUAAAAAGAUGUCUGCUGCUGCGGAGAUGCAGAAUGUGGAAAGUGUGAAUGCGGAAGAUGGACUUAGCAAUCUUGCCAUUAUCAAUGUGGAGAGUCUGUUUGACUCCAACAACAAAGGAACGGAUAUUGAUUUUGAUGAUAAUUCAUCUGAUUCUAUUCAGAUCACGAAUUUGGAGUCUGGGGAGCUCUACACAUGUUCCCUGUCUUCGCAGGAUGGCAUAAAGCUUGAACCAGAGGAGAACAGUCCUUCUAAGUCCCCUAAAGGUAUUCGCAUUCAUGCCUGCAAAUUAUGCGAGUAUAAAACACCAAAAAAAUCACAUCUCAAAAGGCAUGAGUUGACGCAUUUUCGGAAAACAGGUAGACCAAAACUAAUAUUUCCAAAACCUGUUGUACCGGUCUCUUCAAAAAGUGAUCAUACCGCUUCGAUAACAGAGAAGCGAGGUACCAAGUAUUACCAUGCUCGUUACAAGUGCGACAAGUGUACGCGAACAUUUUCUUCCAAAGGCGGUAUAGCAUACCAUCAACAAACAAAGCACAACAAUGCCUACAAGUACAAGUGUGAAACGUGCGACAAAGGAUUCAAUACGUACCAACACUAUGUGGGCCACAAGAACACCCACACAGGCGUGCGUCCGUACGUCUGCCCGAUGUGCAAUGUGGGAUUCUCCUAUCCCUCAGUCCUCUCUUCCCAUAAGAGGGUCUGCAAAGGGAGCGGAAUGAACGGCCACUUGGACUUGUUCCCGUGUAUACAUUGUAAGGAGAAAUUCGCACUGCCCAGUGCAUUGGAGAACCACAUUCUAGAGACUCACUUUGAUGUAAUAAAAUCAAGCUUUUUGUGUGUCUGCGGGCAAGAGUUUCAACUGCAGGCCCUGUAUGACUUCCACAAGAGGUCGUGCAAUUUGAGCGAACCAAACUCUUCCCUUAUUAUAGAGUCGGCUCUUCAUGAUAUUGAGAUGGGCAAUGGCUAUAACCAUGACAAUGGGGAGCCGGUCUUGGAAAGCAUGCCCGCUUCCUUUAGCCAACCAGUGUUCCCUUCAUAAUCAGUGUGCUUACCAUGAUGUGGACAUCUCUGUAAAUUUUUUGUGGGUAUUAAGAAAUGUAUUUGUUGUGAAGUUUGUACUUUAUUUAGUUGGUGCUUUUUAGGUAUGUACAUCAUAUACAAUAUUCAUGGUUUUGAUGUGUUAAACUGUUGAUUUAAUUACAUUUAUUAUAUCUGAGUUAUAUCAAUGAACAUUUGUUUUAUUUUCUUAAUGCAUGCAAACAACAUAAAAAAAAUGUUAUCUUGCAAUACAUAUAAAACGUACAUAAACUUCUGUCACAUGUGAACAUUAUUUUUAGCUGACCUUUUAACCCUUUCAGCGCUAUAACUGAAUUUUGAAGGCCUUUGAAAACAGUUUGGAUCCAGAUGAGACGCCACAGAACGUGGCAUCUCACCAGGAUCCAAACUGUUUGCUAUUCUUAUAGUAUUAUUUGGAAAAAAUCAAAGAAAAUGCUAAUUUUAGAAAUUAAGCAGAUGAUAUUUUAACAGACGACAAAUUUCCCAGCAUGCAAAGAGUUAAUCAAAUACUACUUGCCCAUGCACCAGCGUAAUGCCCUGGUCAUAGUUUGUAUUCUGUUCUAUGUUGGUGUCAUCUGUUGUGGGUCAUCAUGCCCUUGUACAUAACUUCCAAUGCACAUUACGCUCAGCAGUGAUUAACCCUUAAUCAUUUAGAUACUUAUUUUGAUGUGUUUGAUGUCCUUUAGAAAGUUAAAUUUCAUUUAGGACCUUUUUUACUAGAUUCAAGUUUAAAAGGCUUCAUUCCCAACCGUUAGAUACUUUGAGGCCAAAAUAAAAAAUAGGUCCGUUUCUGGUCUCCUUGAAAAAAACAGCAGGGUCUGUAGGUAGGGAUUUUAUUUAAUUAACCAGGUUUUCAAAAGGAACAAACUGAUUAUUAGAUUGGCGAAUGUCGGCGGGCGGGCGGAACAAGCUUGUCCAGGCCAUAACUUUGUCGUUCAUCGUGAGAUAUUAAAAUCAAAUGGCACAUUUGUUUACCAUCAUUAGACGGUGUGUCGCGUGAAAGAAUUACGUCGAUAUCUCCAAGGUCAAGGUCACACUUUGAGUUUAAAGGUCAAAAAUGGCCAUACAUGAGCUUGUCCAGGCCACAACUAUGUCAUUCAUUGUGAUAUUAAAAAUCAUUUGGCACAUUUGUUCACCAUCAUUAGACGGUGUGUCGCACGAAAGAAUUACGUCGAUAUCUCCAAGGUCAAGGUCACACUUUGAGUUCAAAGGUCAAAAAUGGCAAUAAAUGAGUUUGUCUGGGCCAUUACUAUGUCAUUCAUCGUGAGAUUUUAAAAUCAUUUGGUACAUUUGUUCACCAUCAUUAGAUGGUGUGAUCACCCGAAAGAAUUACGUCAAUAUCUCCAAGGUCAAGGUCACACUUUGAGUUAAAAGGUCAAAAAUGGCCAUGAAUGAGCUUGUCUGGGCCAUAACUAUGUCAUUCAUUGUGAGAUUUUAAAAUCAUUUGGCACAUUUGUUCACCAUCAUUAGACGGUGUGUCGCACGAAAGAAUUACGUCGAUGUCUCCAAGGUCAAGGUCACACUUUGAGUUCAAAGGUAAAAAAUGGCCAUAAAUGAGCUUGUCUGGGCCAUAACUAUGUCAUUCAUUGUGAGAUUUUAAAAUCAUUUGGCACAUUUGUUCACCAUCAUUGGACAGUGUGUCACACGAAAGAAUUACGUCAAUAUCUCCAAGGUCAAGGCCGCUACAACUAAAAAUAGAUUUAUUUUGAAACAAAGGGGAUUAAUUGUAAACAAUCAGUUCAGUUUGAGUUGUCUCUCUUUAUCAGACUUUUUUUAGCUCACCUGAUUGCUCAGGUGAGCUUUUGUGACAGGUCUUUGUCCGUCCAUCCGUCCGUUAACAUUUGCUCAUAAACACUCUAGAGGCCACAUUUCUUGUCCCAUCUUCAUGAAACUUGGUCAGAAGCUUUGUCCCAAUGAAAUAUCGGCCGAGUUCGAAACUGGGUUGUGCCGGGUCAAAAACUAGGUCACUAGGUCAAAAAAAAGAAAAACCUUGUAAACACUGUAGAAGUCACAUUUUAUGCCCAAUCUUCAUGUAACAUUGUCAAAAUGUUUGUUUUAAUGAUAUCUUGGUUGAGUUCAAAAGUGGUUCUGAUCCGUUGAAAAACAUGGCCGCCAGUGGGCGGGGCAGUUUUCCUUAUUUGACUAGAGAAACCUUGUAAACACUCUAGAAGUCACACUUUUUGCCCAAUCAUUCAUGAAAUUUGGUCAGAACAUUUGUUUCCUUGAUACGAGAGUUGAGUUAAAAAAUGGUUCCGGUCAGUUGAAUAACAUGGCUGCUGGGAGGGGGGCAGUUUUCUCAUUAUGCCCCCCCCCCCCCUUUGGAAGAAGAGGGGGUAUAUUGUUUUGCUCAUGUCGGUCAGUCCAUCCACCAGAUGGUUUCCGGAUGAUAACUCAAGAGCGCUUAUGCCAAGGAUCAUGAAACUUCAUAGGUACAUUGAUCAUGACUCGCAGAUGACCCCUAUUGAUUUUCAGGUCACUAGGUCAAAGGUUAAAGUCACGGUGAUCCAAAGCAGUAAAAUGGUUUCCGGAUGAUAACUCAAGAACGCUUAUGCCUAGGAUCAUGAAACUUCAUAGAUACAUUGAUCAUGACUUGCAGAUAACCCCUAUUGAUUUUCAGGUCACGAUGACCCGAAAUAGUAAAAUGGUGUCCAGAUGAUAACUCAAGAACGCUUAGGCCUAGGAUCAUAAAACUUCAUAGGUACAUUAAUCAUAACUCGUAGAUGACCUCUAUUGAUUUUCAGGUCACUAGGUCAAAGGUCAAGGUCAGGAUGACCCGAAAUGGUAAAAUGGUAAAGAGGGGGUAUAUUGUUUUGCUCAUGUCGGUCAGUCCGUCCACCAGAUGGUUUCCGGAUGAUAACUCAAGAACGCUUAGGCCUAUGAUCAUGAAACUUCAUAGGUACAUUGAUCAUGACUUUUAGAUGACCCCUAUUGAUUUUCUGGUCACAAGGUCAAAGGUCAAGGUCACGGUGACCUGAAAUAGUAAAAUGGUUUCCAGAUGGUAACUCAAGAACGCUUAUGCCUAGGAUCAUGAAACUUCAAAGGUACAUUGAUCAUGACUGGAAGAUGACCCCUAUUGAUUUUCAGGUCACUAGGUCAAAGGUCAAGGUCACAGUGACCUGAAAUAGUAAAAUGGUUUCUGGAUGAUAACUCAAGAACGCUUAUGCCUAGGAUCAUGAAACAUCAUGGGUACAAUGAUCAUGACUCGCAGAUGACCCCUAUUGAUUUUCAGGUCAAAGGUCAAGGUCACGGUGACCUGAAAUAGUAAAAUGGUUUCUUGAUGAUAACUCAAGAACGCUUAUGCCUAGGUUCAUGAAACUUCAUAGGUAUAUUGAUCAUGACUCGCAGAUGACCCCUAUUGAUUAUCAGGUCACUAGGUCAAAGGUCAAGGUCACAGUGCCAAAUACUGAUUCACACAAUGGCUGUCAAGGUUACGGUGGCUCAACUUAGAGAAAUGGUUUCCGGUGAUAACUCAAGAAUGCUUACGCCUUGGAUCAUGAAACUUCAUAGGUACUUUGAUCAUGACUUGCAGAUGAAAUAAUGAUGAAACUUGACCAGGAUGUUUGUCUGGACAAUAUCCAGGUCAAAUUUGACAUUAGAUAAAAAUUUAAUGAACGGACUCGUCUCAGGUGAGCGAAUCUUGGCCCUCUUUUUUUUUUUUUAUUGAAAACCUGGUUUUGUGACAAUUUUGUCCCUUGUUGUUUUUUUUUUUCGUUUUUUCUCCAGUACUUGAAUAGAAGGCUACUUAAGCUUAUAAUGAGAAAAAACGUGUAUAUACAUGCUUUGUUUGCUUGAUAUUACAUCUUAAAUGAAAGAAAAUGAACAAAAACAAAUGUUUUUAAUUUUAUUUUUGGUGACCCCAAUGAAAGUUGAGGGUCGGCGCUGAUUCGGGAGACACGUUCGGGAGACCCAAAACGGAGCUUUUUUUUUGGCCUGAGCAGCAAACAGCAUAACACCUUAACUACCUGCGAGUUUCUGGCAGGCUGUUUAUGUUUUUUGCUGUUUGAACACAGCCAUUUUCACUUUGUCUCGAAGUGGGAAAGUAUUAAACAGAAUUAUGCAUCUUUAUACUUAGAAACAUCAGGUAAAGGUGAAGGCAACAUUUGCAUAUCUCUGUUACAACUACAGAUAGUCAAUUAAAACUUCAAGCCUGACUCUUGUGAUUCUAAUCAUUGUUAGAUCAAAUAAAGAAGAUGUACAAAAUAUCAAAUAGGAAGAAUUGUCAAGCACUCUAGCCUUGGACAGCUCUUCUUUUAUGUUUUACGAUAUUAAUGUUCACUUUUGUAAAUAUAAUUUUAUUUUUUGAUUUACAUAAAUUACUGUUUUUUAUUACAAUUUUAAUGUUAUAUUCAGCAUUUAUCAUAUUCAUUUUUUGUGGUUCUUAAUUAAAGAUUGUAUGCUUAGUAUUCCUAGAAACAUAUCUCUAUUCUGCACAUUGAAUAUAUAUCAGUGUUCUAAAUGGAAGAAGUUAAUAUCUUGAGUAGAAUUUUUGUUCCAGUCGUGAAAUUGUAAGUAAUGCCUUGCCGAGAAGCAUUGGCAUGAUUUCCUUUUGGGGGCAAGCCAACCAAGCAUGAAUUGUCUUUGAAACUAUAUACCAGUGCACAUUAAGGUCUUAUUGCCCACGGUGCACUAGUCUAUUAAGAUCUGAAAAUAAAUGACCUUCUAGUAUUUGGCUCUAAUUAAAAGUAUCCCCUGAAAUUCACAGAAGGAGGUCCGUCAAUACAUGCAGUCUUGAAGACUCAGAAGUACCUGUCAAUCAAUUAUGAGAUAUGAUUAUGAUAGCAUUUAUAUGAUAUGUUUUCUUCUCUUGAGUUUUGUAUUAGUCUCUGCAAAAAGAAAAACACCUGAACUCUGUACAUUUUGAUGUUCAUUGAUAUGGACAAUUCAUGAAAAAGCUUCUUUUUAAAUGUGAAAAAUGACUUCUAUAAAGCAGCUGUAAAAAUUGUUUAUUCCCACAUGUAUGCUUUCUUUAUAUUUUAUUAUAUAGUGGGCAAUUUAUUUAUAAAUCAUUUCCAUUGCUUAUGUCAAUAUAAUUGAGUGCAGAAGGGAGCUUAUAUCAAGAAGUGUGCAAGUUCUUUCUGUUUUAGGAGAAUGUCUUUUGCUUUUUUAACCAGGUUUUCCGAAGGAAAAAACUGGUUAUUAGAUUGGCGAAUGCGGGCGGGCUGGCUGGCUGGCGGGCUGGCUGGCUGGCGGGCUGGCGGAAUAAGCUUGUCCGGGCCAUAACUAUGUCGUUCAUUGUCAGAUUUUAAAAUCAUUUGGCACAUUUGUUCACCAUCAUUGGACGGUGUGUCGCGCGAAAUAAUUACGUCGAUAUCUCCAAGGUCAAGGUCACACUUUGAGUUCAAAGGUCAAAAAUGGCCAUAAAUGAGCUUGUCCGAGCCAUAACUAUGUCGUUCAUCGUCAGAUUUUAAAAUCAUUUGGCACAUUUGUUCACCAUCAUUGGACGGUGUGUCGCGCGAAAUAAUUACGUCGAUAUCUCCAAGGUCAAGGUCACACUUUGAGUUCAAAGGUCAAAAAUGGCCAUAAAUGAGCUUGUCCUGGCCAUAACUAUGUCAUUCAUUGUGAGAUUUUAAAAUCAUUUGGCACAUUUGUUCACCAUCAUGGGACGGUGUGUCCCACGAAAGAAUCACGUCAAUAUCUCCAAUGUCAAGGUCGCCACGACUAAAAAUAGAUUUAAAAAAAAAAAAAAAUUACAAAGGGGGUUAAUUUUUUUUGGUUAUUUCAAAAGUUCAGUUUGAGUUUUCUCCCUUUAUCAGAUUUUUUUUUCACAAUGAAAACCUGGUUUUGUGACAAUUUUGUCCCUUGUUGGUAAUUAAAAUGGGAAAUACCACGGAAAUUAACUGUUUGAAAGUAGUCGAAAUUACCAGUGUGAUAAUGGAAAAUGUCAGAAAAAUGUUUUCACCAGGAAGUGGAAUAAAUCCAAACUGCUGAGAUAUUGAAUGGAGUCAAGUAGAAAGGUUAAUUACUUGGUUUUGAUUGAAUAUUGAUGUUCGAUUCUCAUAUUAUCAUACACGAUAUAUAUAGUUUUAACUUGACAGCUGAUAAUGAAAAUAAAAAUGUUUAGGAUUUAGUGUGUAUCAAAAAGCUAUAUUCUAGCAAGUUUAGGAUUAAGAGUGAAUCAAGAAGCUAUAUUCUAGCAAAACCAACAAUGGUGUCAACAAGUACCAUAAGUCUUUUACUUGUUCUUGAUGAUAUGCUUGAUGGUUGCACAGAUAGAAACUUAAAAAUCCAUGUGCCAAAAUAUUGUGUAUUGAUUGUGUAUUGUUGUUGUACAUGCUGGAUUCCUUUUUGUCAUGGCAGAGAGUGCCACAUGCUGGAUUCCUUUUUGUCAUGGCAGAGAGUGCUACAGCAUGGCAGAGAGUGCUACAGUAGUAACAGGCUUAUGCACUUUUAUUUGUCAGAUUUUAAUAAUUGUACAUCAUUUGUCAUGUAGUACUCUGUAUACAAUUUCAGUUUAGAUGGUUAAUCAUCAUUAUACUGUCAUUAUUGUUAGUAAAUCCAAGUUUUGUGUAAAGAAUAUGAACUAUGUUUUAGGUUGAAGUAAAAACGGUAAAGCAACUGUCAAGAUUUGAUUUUAAUGAAAUGUAUACAUGUACAUAGUUGUUUUAUCCUUUGUCUUGUGUAGUCAUUUUAGUGUCAGUUAUCUUUUUAUUGAUUUGAAAGAUUGUUAGUAUAAUUCUUUGCAUGAACUUGUUGUCUUUUCAACUUUUAAUUUUAUAAAGAUAUUUUAAUUCUAUGGUAUUAAGUAAUAUGGUUUAAAUUGGUUAAUUAGUAAGUGUCAAAAUAAUAUGUGACAUUUUAUGUCACCGGAUCGAAAGAUCGGGGGUAUAUUGUUUUUUGCCUGUCUGUCAUUGUGUCAUUGUAUGACAAAACUUUUACCUUGGUUAAAAUUGAUAAGUUUUGCAAUAUUGAAGACAGCAACUUCAUAUUUGGCAUGCAUGUUUACUCAUGGAGCUGCACAUUUUGAGUGGUGAAAAAUCAAGAUCAAGGUCAUCCUUCAAGGUCAAAGGUCUAAUAUCAUUGUAUUUUUCGUUCCUAAAAAUUUAACAUUCGUUAAAGUUUGGUCAUAACUUUUUGAAUAUUGAAGAUAGCAACUUGAUAUUUGGCAUGCAUGUGUAUCUCAUGGAACUGCACAUUUUGAAUGGCUAAAGGUCAAGGUCAUCGUUCAAGGUCAAGGUAAAAUUUAUGGCGUCAAAGUGGCGUAAUAGGGGGCAUUGUGUUUCUGACAAACACAUCUCAUGUUCAGGUUUAUGUAUUUACAAACAUUUUCCAUGGUAAUUAGAAAAAACAUUUUCCAUGGUAACAAUGUUGAGUUUGUCUGAAAGGUUUGAUAAGGCUUUUCUGCUUGUAAUGAAAUAAGGUUCAGUAGGUAUUAUCAAUGUAGAAUAGAGAUGCUGACUGGAUUUAAAUUGAGUGUUAUAGCAUACAGACAUUCCCAAAAAACUUGCAAGACCGGACUGGGAUUGAUAUGACGGAGAUUUCAAUAACAAAUAUUCCCAGGUCCCGAAAUUUUAUAAAAACUCAGAAUUUAACUACAUAUGUCAACAAACUGGCCAAAAAUGAUACAUAAAUCAAUGAAAAAGCGCUAUUAAGUGUAAGGUCUGACGGUCCGGCACUAAUGGGAAUAUCUGAGCAUAAGUAUUGUCCAAAACACUUGCUUAUGAUAAUCACAUAUGUGUGGGAUGAUGGCUAUGUUUCAAAAUACCCUGUUCUUAGCCAUGGACAUUGUUUCAUUAUUCCUUGUUCAGAUGUAAUGACCUGUGUUAGUUAUUAAUUAUUUCAUGGUGUUUCUUGUUAUUUUGAUUGUAUUGCAGUUUUCUGUGUAUUAUUGAACGAAACUAUGUUUUACUGUUUAUUGUAAAGUCAUUUUACACAAUAGUUUUAAUGAACUGAUAGUAUAGAUAGUAUAUUAAAUGUUUAAAAAGAAAUCAAAUAAUAGUUUUUAUCAUUAUAAUUCUUUAUUGAUACCAUAUAUAAAAUGUUUACAUGGUAAAAAAUAUAUAAGAUUAUAUGAAUUUUAUAAUUGUUAUAAAGAAAUGCAAAUCUGUAUAGGCUGUCAAUCAUAAACUGUGUUGUUUCCCUGAGGACAAAAAUCACAAAUCCUUACCUCAGCAUUUUUGAGUUGUGUUCUGAGAAAACUGGGCAUAAUGCAUGUGCGUAAAGUGUCGUCCCAGAUUAGCCUGUGUAGUCCGCACAGGCUAAUCUGGGACGACACUUUACGCACAUGCAUUAAGCCCAGUUUUCUCAGAACACGACUCAUUUGAUUGAUAUUUGAGCCUGAUAUUUGAUCCUUCUUUUGGACAAAUCUUACAUUAACUAAAAUGUUCCAUUGGAAGUUAUUACACAAAAUGUUUGCCAUAAAAACUAAGAUAUUGUUUGAGAUGUAGAACUUUUGAAGUAUAACCUGGGCAAAGUUCUAAAGAUGUAUCUUUAAUAACUAAAGAUUUAUUCACAUGAAAUGUUCAGAUCCAAUUUUCUAUUAGAAAUUCAAUGUUUCUGUUUACGCAUGGCUAUAUUUGGAUUCCUGAAGUAACAAUUACUAGAUACAAUCAUAGGGUUGAGUGUUAAACUGAAAAGGGCAAUAAUUAGUAUGUACAAUAUUAUCACACUCAGCCGUAUAAUUACUCACAAAACAUCGAGAAAUAAUUGAACAAAUUUUAGAUUAAAGAGAUGUCCUAACGUGCUUUGUGAAUACUGUACCUGGAGGUUUGCAUGAGACUGGGCAGUCAUUAUACAUGUAGCUGGCGGAGUAAGCUGGAUGUGCAUUUGUAUACACCAUAUUUUGUUCACCCAAUUCCCUCUCAGAAGGAUGCAACCAGCAACAACCAGAACAGCAAGCGAGUAAACCGCAGUCUGUUCAGGUUUUAUGCUGUUUGCUGCUCUUUGUUUGCCUCUCUUUUGUAUCUUAAUGCUGGAUAUGAAGUCUUUAAGACUUGAAUAAAAAAAAAAUAUUUUUAAAAUCAGUAAUUUAAUUCGUUUAUCUAAUGGACUAAAAAAUAUGAAAAAUGCAACUUUGAGAGGUAAAAGGUUAAGAGAGGGAAAUAACUAUGUAAGAGCCAGUGUUGAUUAAAAGUGUGAAUUCAUUUUCUUAUAGAAAAUGCUCCUGUAUGAUCAAAACAACAGGAAAAGCAAAACAAAUCUUAGUGGUCUAGGGAGGUAUAACUAGAAUGUAUUUGUCAUAGAUGUGUUGUCAAUGUUGUCAUUGCUAAACUUUCAUCGUUUCAUUGUUUGGUUGAUUGCAGUUUACUACAUGCAGUUGGCUAUUUCUCUUGGAAUUAAGUAUACAUUUAGUGUAGAAAAUGAUUUUAUAUAGCUGACAUGAAUUUAUGUUUAUGUGAUUUAUGCCAAUGUCAACGUUAAUCAUACAUCAUGCCAUUGUUUGCUAAUAACCCUCUCAAAAAGGAUUAGAAACCAAGCAUCAGCAACCGUUAUAUUAUGAACCUUCUUCUGGGAAAACUGGGCUUAAUGCAUGUGCCUGAAGUGUUGUCCUAGAGUAGCCUGUGCAAUGCACACAUGUGCCUCAAGUGUCGUCCUAGAGUAGCCUGUGCAAUGCACACAUGCUUACCAGGAACUACAGUAUGUAAACUGGAUUAUUGUUAGGAAGAGACGUCCCUUUUAAUCAUGAACACCUUAAAGCAGAAAGUGUUGUUCCUGAUUGACCUGGGCAAAGUGCACAGGCUUAUCUGUGACGACACUUGACCCACAUUAUCUGCGACGACACUUGACCCACAUUAUCUGUGAUGACACUUGACCCACAUUAUCUGUGACGACACUUGACCCACAUUAUCUGUGACGACACUUGACCCACAUUGACCUGGGCAAAGUGCACAGGCUUAUCUGUGACGACACUUGACCCAGAUUCAAAGUGCACAGGCUUAUCUGGGACGACACUUGACCCACAUUCAAAGUGCACAGGCUUAUCUGUGACGACACUUGACCCACAUUCAAAGUGCACAGACUUAUCUGUGACGACACUUGAUCCACAUACAGGCUUAUCUGUGACGACACUUGACCCACACACAGGUUUAUCUGUGACGACACUUGACCCACAUACAGGCUUAUCUGUGACGACACUUGACCCACAUACAGGCUUUUCUGUGACGACACUUGACCCACAUACAGGCUUAUCUGUGACGACACUUGACCCACAUACAGGCUUAUCUGUGACGACACUUGACCCACAUACAGGCUUAUCUGUGACGACACUUGACCCACAUACAGGCUUAUCUGUGACGACACUUGACCCACAAACAGGCUUAUCCGUGACGACACUUGACCCACGUACAGGCUUAUCUGUGACGACACUUGACCCACAUACAGGUUUAUCUGUGACGACACAUGACCCACAUUCAGUUUACCCAGACUGAGGCUCUUAUGAAAUUCUUUUCACUGUUUUAUGCAUUGUUUGCCAACAUGUUUCCAUAUUGCACUGUAAUAUGCAUUUUUGCCAACAUGUUUCCAUAUUGCACUGUAAUAUGCAUUGUUUGCCAACAUGUUUCCAUAUUGCACUGUAAUAUGCAUUGUUUGCCAACAUGUUUCCAUAUUGCACUGUAAUAUGCAUUGUUUGCCAACAUGUUUCCAUAUUGCACUGUAAUAUGCAUUGUCUGCCAACAUGUUUCCAUAUUGCACUGUAAUAUGCAUUGUUUGCCAACAUGUUUCCAUAUUGCACUGUAAUAUGCAUUGUUUGCCAACAUGUUUCCAUAUUGCACUGUAAUAUGCAUUGUUAUCCAACAUGUUUCCAUAUUGCACUGUAAUAUGCAUUGUUUGCCAACAUGUUUCCAUAUUGCACUGUAAUAUGCAUUGUUUGCCAACAUGUUUCCAUAUUGCACUGUAAUAUGCAUUGUUAGCCAACAUGUUUCCAUAUUGCACUGUAAUGUGCAUUGUUAGCAAACAUGUUUCCAUAUUGCACUGUAAUAUGCAUUGUUAUCCAACAUGUUUCCAUAUUGCACUGUAAUAUGCAUUGUUUGCCAACAUGUUUCCAUAUUGCACUGUAAUAUGCAUUGUUUGCCAACAUGUUUCCAUAUUGCACUGUAAUAUGCAUUGUUUGCCAACAUGUUUCCAUAUAGCACUGUAAUAUGCAUUGUUAGCCAACAUGUUUCCAUAUUGCACUGUAAUAUGCAUUGUUUGCCAACAUGUUUCCAUAUUGCACUGUAAUAUGCAUUGUUAGCCAACAUGUUUCCAUAUUGCACUGUAGUAUGCAUUGUUUGCCAACAUGUUUCCAUAUUGCACUGUAAUAUGCAUUGUUAGCCAACAUGUUUCCAUAUUGCACUGUAAUAUGCAUUGUUAGCCAACAUGUUUCCAUAUUGCACUGUAAUAUGCAUUGUUAGCCAACAUGUUUCCAUAUUGCACUGUAAUAUGCAUUGUUAGCCAACAUGUUUCCAUAUUGCACUGUAAUAUGCAUUGUUAGCCAACAUGUUUCCAUAUUGCACUGUAAUAUGCAUUGUUAGCCAACAUGUUUCCAUAUUGCACUGUAAUAUGCAUUUCAUAAAAAUCUCAUGACUGAUAAUGUGUACAUUCAUUAAAUGUAAAAUGUGUUCUUUAUUUACAUGUAAAACAUAUUACAUUUGUUCAGUUGAAGUGUUAAAACUUUAUUUGUAUUGUAAAAUAUACAACUGUAAUGUGGGUUUUUUCCUAGGUAUAUGUACUUUUAUUUUGCUAUUCCCUUGCCCUGAUGUGCUUUUAUUCACCUGUAGCAUAAUGCUUUUUUUUUACUUAGUGUUAUAUGUGAGUGAAUACUUAAGAUAAAAUAAAUUUAAAAAGAGAA